UUCUUCGACAUUCACGACCAACAACCACCAACGACUCCUAUUUCCGACCGCACAUACCGUCGAGAUGGGUGACGCCGAAAUUUCAACGAGCCAGUGGAGGUACGUCGAGGUCGGCCGCGUGGUCCGCUUCAACGGUGGAGAGUUCAACGGACGCCUCGCUGCCAUUGUCGAGAUCAUCGACCACAAGCGUGUGCUCGUUGACGGACCUUCCGAGAAGGCACCUGUUCCCCGACACUCUGCAGCCCUCGCCCACGUAUCCCUCACUCCCCUUGUGAUCUCCCAGCUCCCUCGUGCUUGCGGCGUCGGUGUCCUCAAGAAGAAGUGGGAGAAGGCCGAGGUGGACUCCAAAUUUGAGCAGAGCACUUGGGCAAAGAAGGCCGCCCAGUUCCAGAAGAGGCGGCAACUCAACGACUUCGAGCGCUUCAAGGUGCUGAAGUUGAGGAAGCAGGCUCGCUACGAGGUCCGCAAGUCUCUCGCCAAGGUUCGCUCCAGCGCAUAAGAAUCUGACAGGAGGAUGAUGCAAAAUCGAGAGAACAACGGGGGACAGAUGCUGCGUCCCAGGUGUUAGCGGAGGGCAUUUGCAUUUCAUGAGCAUUCC